AUCCCCUGCAUAUUUUGGGGGUGCUCUCUAAAUUCCGGGGAUACUUUCUCCGGAGAAGACGAGUAAAAGUAGGCUUAAAAGGAGCCUUGUUGUUCAUCGACCCCCCAACUUUCUCUCCACCAGAAAUCUCAAAAUCAUCAGCCCAACAAUUCUCAUACCCUCCUCUUUCAAUCUACCUUCCCCUUCUGGAUCUCCCUCUCUCUUUCUCUUCCUUUCUUUGAUAGUAGCCCUUCAGAUUUUGCCACAGAAUUCUCCUUUAUUUUUUGUUUGUUCUUUUCGGCCAAGGGGUUUUCCUCCAUCAUUGAAGCGAUUGAUUAUCAAGGGUUGGCCGUGCCUCGACUUGGAAGAAAAUAGAAGAUUGUAUCGAUUACUUCCCUUCGGUUUGGUGGGUGAUACAUAUGCAGUAUGGUUGCUGCAGUUAUGAAGAUGGUAACGCCUUGUUGGCGACCUUCCUCUGCCGACAGCGGACCACUUAGGAAUGGAGGUGUAGCAGGAGCAAGCUCAGGCCGGGUUGAGGGGUUGCUUUGGUACAAAGAUUAUGGGCAGCAUCUUCAUGGAGAUCUCUCAAUGGCAGUUGUGCAAGCUAAUAGCUUGUUGGAGGAUCAGAGCCAAAUUGAAUCAGGAUCUCUGUGUUCUUCCGAUUCUGGUCCUAUUGGGACGUUUGUUGGCGUAUAUGAUGGACAUGGAGGUCCUGAGACAUCUUGUUUUAUAAACGAUAGUCUUUUCCAUCAUCUAAAACGGUUCGCAUCAGAACAGAGGACGAUGUCCGCAGAAGUUAUACAAAAAGCAUUCGCUGCUACAGAAGAGGGUUUUACUUCUUUAGUCACAAAGCAAUGGGAUUUGAAACCUCAAAUUGCAGCAGUUGGGUCCUGCUGUUUGGUUGGUGUUAUUUGUGCCGGCACACUAUAUGUGGCCAAUGUUGGAGAUUCGCGUGCUGUCUUAGCAAAAUCAGUGAAGUAUACAAAAGAGGUUUUUGCAGUUCAGUUAUCCGCAGAGCAUAAUGCUGGGAUUGAGUCUGUAAGGCAGGAAUUACGUUCAUUGCAUCCUGAUGACCCGCAAAUUGUAGUAUUAAAGCACAGAGUUUGGAGAGUGAAAGGCCUCAUACAGAUCUCAAGGUCCAUUGGAGAUGUCUAUUUAAAGAAAGCAGAAUUCAACCGCGAGCCAUUAUAUCCAAGAUUUCGCUUACCACGACCCAUGAAAAGGCCAAUUCUAAGUGCUGAACCAGCAAUAACAGUUCACAAGCUAGAACCAAGCGACAAGUUUAUCAUAUUUGCAUCUGAUGGGCUCUGGGAGCACCUGAGCAAUCAGGAGGCAGUUGAUAUUGUUCACAACAAUCCACGCAAUGGAAUAGCCAGGAGACUUAUUAAAGCUGCACUCCGAGAAGCAGCAAAGAAAAGAGAAAUGAGGUAUUCAGACCUUAAGAAAAUUGAUCGUGGAGUAAGGAGACAUUUCCACGACGAUAUUACGGUUGCAGUCUUAUUUCUUGAUCAUCUAUCCGUCGAUACUUCGAACCGCAUACCCACAUUUUCCAUUAGAGGAGGUGCACCUGUACAUGCCAGUACCCAGUCUUCACCAUUCUAAAGCUUUCAUCUUUUUGACAACUUGGAUAUAUCUAUAUGUAUUUUUGAGAUUCUUUGGUGUAAACUAACCAGCUUAGGUACCACGUUCCACUGGGAACAGUAGACAAGUUUAGCUCAUAGCUUCCCAAUGAGAAAAGUUUGUAUGUAAAUUGCCUUACAUUGAAAUUUGAGAAAUUUUACAGUUUGUAGCAA